AUGUCUGGGUCCUCGUCUCCGGCUGGAAAGCCUGACAAGACAAUGUCAACCAAUUUGUUGACGAUGAAGUUUAUGCAGCGUGCUGCAGCUUCGAAGGAAGCGGCCUCCAAGGAAGCAGCCUCCAAGGUCAUUCCACCCUCGUCUGAAGACUCCAAGGGUCGCAAGUCUAAGCGCCCCCGCUUGUCCACCGAGGCUGAAAGCCCCCGCAACUCCGAUAUGGAUGCAAUUGCAGCGGCGCUGGCAGCCGAGGAAGAAAAGCGACAGCAGGCUGUCGCGCGUGCCGCCGCGGAAGCGGGUGAGACGCAUUGGGUCCUGGAUGUUCCUGCUGCACCACAACGCAGCUCCCAGCCUAUGGUAAUGGCGGCAGACUCGCUAGAUGCAGACGACGACGAUUAUUCUGGUGGUCGGCAAGCAUUUGGCAACUUCAAGCGCAAGGAGAAGAACCCACCACCACCUCCCCCCAAGAAGGACGAGAAGAAAUACCAGAAUGACGAUUAUGAGGAUGAUGAGAUCGUCAACCCGAAGAACGCGUACGAGGUUGCAGCAAAUGAGAAACAGAAGAAAACCGCCAAACUUCACAAGGAAAGAGAUGACGAGUAUUGGGAAACCAAGAGACUAUCCGGCAUGACCGGUCUCUCUGGCAAUAACGCCCGAAAGAUGGGAGCACCAACCCCUGAAAAGAAUAAGAAGAAGAAGCGCAAGAGUCGGUAA